AUGUUUCCUAUACUUUAUGUGGACCCCGAUACUAAGAAAGGCAUUCACUUCUUAAAAUAUCUUAUAUAUGUAGGCGGAAACAGGGGAAGAGGCCAAAUUUGUCUUGAUGGGAGCAAGAGUAAUAAUAGAGUUUAUAAUACUACAACAUCCAGUAUAGUCAGCAAAAUCCUACACAAAGAAAAGGGAGGAUACGAAAUAACCAUAACGGAUGCAUCGGGUGGACGUCAAGUGGUUGAUAGUAUCCCUCUAGGGCCAAAACUUCUUGUUACAGAAGGCGAAUCUAUCAAAUUUGAGCAACCGUUGACAAGUAAUCCUAACGUGGGCGGAUUUGGUUACGGAGAUGCAUAA